ACAAACCCUUCCACCAAGACAUACUUGCGGAAAUCUCGACAACCAAAACAAUCGCAUAAAUCGCACCACUGUCUUGUCAGAUUCUAUCAAGUCACGACACACAAAAAGUUAAAAAAAAAAAAGUAGAAACCCCUCAUUAUAACGUUUUAAAUUUUGGUUAAUCCUUACAUUAUUAAGUACAUUAAUCACUAUUUAAUCUUUUCACCAAAACUAUCUGUUCUUAACAUAUUCUGUCAUUUCCGCGGUUACUUCAAUCGGAGUCAGAGAGCCAAAAGGAAAAGUAGGAUAAAAAUUCGGGGCCAUGGCCGCAUCUAGAGCUUCUUUGUUCCUCGCCGGUUCAUCGGUGACGUCAGCAUCCGGAACUUCUAGGAGGAACCGGUGUGUAAGCUUAUCUCGACGGAUGGCGGUGUCGACGGAGCAGGUAACGUCGGUGGUGGCGAUGGCGACAACGAGUUUAAUAGAGAACGGAACGUUGUCGGAGAGGAAAAAGGGAAGGAAGGAAGAGAGUGAGUUAAUAUUAAAUGUAUACUCGAAUCCGGACGAGAUAACGCAGGAGACUCGAAAGACGUUGAAAGAUUAUUUCCAAGAGUGUAGAGAUUUGAUGAUCGGAUCAGACGGUGGACCGCCACGCUGGUUCUCUCCUUUGGAGUGCGGGUCCCACACUCGUGAUUCUCCUCUCUUUCUGUUUUUGCCUGGGAUUGAUGGCACCGGGCUUGGCCUUAUUACACAUCAUCAUAAACUUGGAAAGAUUUUCGAUAUGUGGUGUUUGCAUAUUCCAGUUAAGGAUAGAACUUCAUUUACAGACCUAGUGAAGCUGGUUGAAAAAACAGUAAGGUCUGAGUACCAGAGCUCACCAGACAGACCAAUUUAUCUUGUUGGGGAGUCCCUUGGAGCAUGCAUUGCCUUAGAUGUUGCCGCUCGUAACCCCGAUGUUGAUCUUGUGCUAAUUUUGGCUAAUCCAGCUACAUCAUUCAGUAGGUCACGAUUACAAUCUCUAAUACCUUUGCUGGAACUCAUGCCUGAUCAACUCGUGCCAAACCUCUCUCACGUGCUAAACUUAUUGUCAGGUGAUCCUUUGAGGAUGGCCUGGGAAAACGUGGUGAAGGGAAUUCUGCCGCUCCAAACCAUAGGAAAGCUAUCACAAGAUCUUGUUUCUAUGUCAUCUUACCUCUCUGUUCUGGCUGAUAUGUUACCUAGAGAAACACUUCUCUGGAAGUUACGAAUGCUUAAAUCUGCUUCUGCAUCUGCCAAUUCACACCUUCAUGCUGUAAAAGUUCAAUCACUGUUGCUUAGCAGUGGAAAGGAUCAGUUGUUUCCUAGUCAAGUAGAAGCCCAAAGACUACGCCACAUGUUGCCAAAAUGUGAAAUACGUGAAUUCAAAGAAAGCGGACAUUUUCUUUUAUUAGAAGACAGUGUUGAUUUGGUAACAAACAUCAAGGGUGCUAGUUUCUAUCGUCAUGGAAAAUACCUGGACUAUGUGUCAGAUUACAUGCCACCAACACCUUAUGAAUUCAAGAAAAUAUUUGAAUCAAACAGAUGGGUAAUUGCUGCCACUAGUCCUGUGAUGCUCUCAACUUUAGGUAAUGGCAAGGUGGUGAGGGGCCUGGCUGGAAUCCCCUCAGAGGGACCAGUGUUGUGUGUUGGCUAUCACAUGUUACUAGGGUUUGAACUUGCUCCAAUGGUGAUUCAGUUUUUGAUGGAGAGAAAUAUUCUUUUGCGAGGGAUAGCCCAUCCAAUGAUGUUUAAUAGAUUGAGAGAAGGCAAAAUGCUUGAUCUAGCUACAUUUGACACAUACAGAAUAAUGGGUGCAGUUCCCGUGUCCGGACCAAACUUCUACAAACUUAUGUCUUCAAAAUCUCAUGUCCUACUGUAUCCUGGAGGUGUUCGUGAGGCUCUUCACAGGAAGGGUGAAGAAUACAAGUUAUUCUGGCCGGAGCAGCCUGAGUUUGUAAGGAUGGCAUCUAAAUUUGGAGCCAAAAUCGUACCCUUUGGCGUGGUAGGAGAAGAUGAUGUUGGUGAGCUAGUUUUGGAUUACAAUGACCAAAUGCAAAUACCUUACUUGAGGACAUUCAUAAAAGAACUCACAGAAGAGGUUGAGCAGUUGAGGACUGAUGCAGAUGGCGAGGUGUCAAACCAAGAUGUCCACCUUCCCGGAGUUCUUCCUAAAUUGCCAGGCCGGUUUUAUUAUUAUUUUGGGAAACCUAUCGAAACAGAAGGGAGGAAACAAGAGCUAAGAAGCAGGGAGAAAUCUCAUGAAUUCUAUUUACAAGUAAAGUCAGAGGUUGAGAGAUGCAUGGCCUAUUUGAAGGAAAAAAGAGAAAAAGACCCCUAUAGGAAUUUGUUGCCUCGGUUGUUAUACCAGGCGACAAAUGGCUCCACAGCUGAAGUUCCAACAUUUGAGCUCUGAUAUAUACAUAUCUGCACAAUCAAAGGUGGACGUUUUUUAUUUGUCUUCUUACAGAAACUUAAGAACAUUCCCGCAAUGAAUGUUGCUUGACUGCAUGUCAGAAUAACAAGGCAGAGUUUCUGCUGUAAUUUGGUUGUCACCAAAUAGAGACUUCAAUUAUUAGAAUUAGAUGGUAGCAAAAAGAAGGAACAAAAGAAAGAUUGAUGGUAGACCACAAAAUAAGGAUGCAACUGGGGGUUAAUUGGAUUGACAAUAUCGGAACAGGACAGUGGGGAUGGUUUCAAUAAGGAUAAGGGCAGGAGUAAUGCAGAUACAUUGUGUCAAACAAAAUUGAUAGACAUUCUCAGUAUGUAGCAAAUAUAUAACUGCUAUAAUUUCAUUUGGUUAGGAAGCCAUUGUUUUUGUGGGGUGGGUUAUUUUUGCAACGUGUAUUCCCUUCCCACCCAAUUGGCUGGAAUAUUUUAUGAUGUUAACAUUUGUUUAGCUGGUUCAUUCCUUUGUAUGCAACAAAGAACAUUGAUCGUGAUUGAAAGGGGAUUCUCUUAAUUUAUUAAUUUGUCAGAAGCAAAACGAGGAUUUUUAUUUGAGCCCCACCUCCC